AUGUCCUACUGUGCAAACGAGAGGAUAAAGUGGAUAUUCAACCCACCCGUAUCUCCAUGGAUGGGAGGAUUUCUAGAGAGCAAGCCACACGAACUACUUCCGCUCCGUUUUUCCGUAGAAAAGGCAAGUAAAUUCUGGGAGUGUUGGAAGUACGAGUAUCUAACAUCUGCAACGAUUUUGCCCCGUAUUGAUUUAACAAGACCUGCUAACGAGAGGAAGUUGGCCUUAUGGCAAAAUCAAUGA